AAGAUAGACUACGCUGUACUGGUUCACUGAAUAAGUUUCUACAACAGCAUGUUUUUUGUACUGGCCCCGAUGACUCUACAGGAGAAUUUAUUUAACUAUUAAUACACGUUGUUGUGGACGUUGAUAUAUUUUCUCAAGUAAUAGUUUUAUCGUAUGGUGUGACAAGAUUUAAAGGUUGAUGGCUAUUGUGAAUGGCAGGUCAUACUGUGCAAGGUUAAUACAGAGUGUUACUAAUACUUAAUCCAUGCGGGUUAUGCCAUUUACAUUAGAGUCGGGUGAAGGGUUGUUUUCCGGCUGCUCAUGACCAGCUGUAUAUAGAAGUCAAGAAGACAAUGGACUGGGGCAUGAUUGUCCAUUUCCUGGGGAUAUCCAUCCGAUUUAUUUAUGUGUAAAGUAAUGAGCAGAAAGUCGUUGUUUAUUAUGGGGUUCUAUCGGCAAUAAAAGAAUUGCUCGCUGCUCACUAAUGGAAUCAAUAGCGUUCUGACAGCCCACCUUGUGUAUAUAGACUACACUUUCUGAUAUAUUGACAACAGGCGUGAGAUUCACCAAACCAACGCUUUAUAUACAACCUGCUAUUGUCGCGGAAAGAAUAUUCUCACCAUCCUGAAACGAGCUGCGUGUGUAGCAAUCGGCAUUUAGUUACGGAAUUCACGAUAUCGAGGAAGCAACGGCGUGGUGAAUAAACCCGCAAUCAGAUGGAUUACUACGCUGAUUGAGUAAAGAUGAAUGUGGAUCGUGUAGAAAGAAUUAUAACGCCAACUUUUAUACCUGUGUGUGACGGACACUAGCUGCGUCCUGGAACUUAAUUAUUGUGUAUUUAUAAUAUACGGGAUUGUAAAUAUCGUAUCAUUCAUAUAACACUGUGAUUAUACAGCCUCGUGUAUACGUUCUGUUGAUAGAUUAGAUAAUGAAUUUCCUAUCAUCACAAAUCAAUAUACAUAUGUGUAUAUAUAUGUAUAUAUAAAAUGAUUUAUUAAUCUGUGUAUUAAUAGAAUGGAUCAUCUCAUAUGAUAUUAUUAUCAUAGACGUGUCUAUUAACGGGGUAGCGAAUUGUCGUCUGUGAUUCAACCAUUCAGUUCUAACAGCCACAGCAGGUGUGUUCGUUCAUCAGUUCCUUAUUUUCAGUUGAGCAGACGACAUCGUAACAAACAUGGCAGAUCUAACCGAGGAUGCUGUUAGCAAAUAUCUGCGAGACAAUCCCGAAUUCUUGGCAAAAUGGUUGUCUCAGAACUCUUUACCCGACACGGGUCAAUGCGCAACGAAGGGAAAUAAAGAGGACGGGGGAGAAUCACUUCUUUCGGGAAUUUCAAACUUUUCCCAGAUUGUUAAAAACUCCAUUACAGGCAGUAUAUUUAAAAGUUAUUUGCAAGGUGAAAGAUCGAGAAAGGUCUCCGUAAAAAAAGAUCGGUCGACUUUGAUACAUAUGUCCGAAUCGGAACUUUUCAUGGAACUUAUACGAGAUAUAGCUAGUGAAUUGGACGUUAAUGUAUUGUGCCAUAAGAUUAUUCAGAACGUUAGUAUUUUAACAGACAGUGACAGGGGUAGCUUGUUUCUGUGUCGUGGAACAAAGGAAAAUAGAUUUUUGGUGUCCAAAUUAUUUGAUGUAACCGAUACAUCGACAUUAGAGGAAUCCAUACAUACAGAGGAGAAUGAGAUAAAAGUGCCUUUUGGUAAAGGGAUAGCCGGUCACGUAGCAUUAACCAAAGAAACCAUCAAUAUACAGGAUGCAUAUAAGGAUCCCCGAUUUAAUCAAGAAAUAGACGCUAAAACGGGAUACAGAACCCAUAGUAUAUUAUGUAUGCCUAUUAUCAAUUUUGAAGGAGAAGUUAUUGGUGUUGCACAGAUUAUUAAUAAAAUUAAUGGAAAUCAUGUUUUUAGUCAAGCUGAUGAAGAGGUGUUCCAGAAGUACCUUACCUUCUGUGGAAUUGGCAUCACUAAUGCUCAGCUGUUCGAAAUGUCUGUACAAGAGUUUACCAGGAAUCAGCUGUUAUUACAUUUAGCAAGAGGCGUCUUUGAGGAACAGACUAAUUUAAAUAAAUUGAUAGAAAAAAUUAUGUUGGAUGCUCAAGAAAUGUUGAAAUGUGAACGAUGUACAAUUUAUUUAUUAGAAGAUUCCUUGGAGAAUUUGUGGAAAGAACAGAAGGAUAGUCACAAGUUUACCAAACAGUUCAUGGAACGUUUAGCCAAAUAUCCUCAGAAAUCACUAGUAAUGGCUAUGCAGGGCCUUAAGCUCAAUGACAAGUUACAACGGCAACAAUCAAGGGAUCCGUCAAACAGCACUGGUCCUAAUCCACAGGAAUCGGAACCAGAACGAAAACACGAAUAUGCUAAACUAGAGGAUGUUUCCUUCUCAAUGGCCUUCGAUUUUUUUGCAAAAGACAAUGGAACAAUAAAAGAACCUAGUCCAUUACAGCUCGCCAAGUCUAAAAAUACAGAAAUAGCCAAAUCAGUUGUUGUUAAGGGAACGACAAUGAACAUUCCUGAUCUGGAAAUGGAUGGAAGAUUUGGAUCAGAGCCGUUCAUAGAAGAAGAUGGAUUCCAUACCAGAAGUGUUUUGAGUAUUCCUAUCAAUAACAGUGAUAAAAAGAUAAUAGGUGUAACACAACUUAUUAAUAAAAAGAAUGGUAAACCGUUUAAUGAAAAUGAUGAGAAUAUUAUCGAGGCCUUCUCCAUAUUUACCGGUUUGGGUAUCCACAAUUGUCAGAUGUAUGAGAACGCUUGUAGGUUAAUGGCCAAACAAAGUGUAGCUUUAGAGGUUUUAUCGUAUCACGCAACAGCUCAGACGGAGGAAGCCGCCAAAUUAUUGAAAGAUCCAUUGCCGUCGGCCGGAGAUCUGCGUCUCUACAGUUUUGAUUUUGAUGAUAUUCCAUUACCUGACGAUGGAACAUUAAAAGCUGUGAUACGAAUGUUUACGGAUGCUGACGUCAUCAAUACGUUUAAAAUACCGGUGGAGGUUAUGUGUCGUUGGAUUUGUAGUGUGAAGAAGAAUUACCGUCCUGUCACCUAUCAUAAUUGGCGACAUGCCUUUAAUGUGUGCCAAACCAUGUUUACAAUGUUAUAUACUGGUGAAUUGAGACCAGUAUUUGAAGAUCUCGAGGUGUUUGCCAUGAUGGUAGCCUGUUUAUGUCAUGAUUUGGAUCAUAGAGGUACCAAUAAUGCAUUCCAAGUCAAAGUUGCCAGUCCAUUAGCUAUGUUAUACAGUACCUCCGUGCUAGAGCAUCAUCAUUUUGAUCAUUGCAUUAUGAUACUUAAUAGUGAGGGUAACAACAUAUUUCAGUCUUUAUCGCCGACAGAAUAUAGAAAUGCUAUUAAAACAUUAGAACAUGCUAUUCUCUCUACAGAUUUAGCUUUAUAUUUUAAAAAAAGAGGUGAUUUCAAGUCGUUGAUAGAAAAUGGAGAGAAGAAGUUUGAUGAACCAUAUAAAAAAGAUUUACUAAAAGCUAUGAUGAUGACAGCAUGUGAUGUGGCAGCUAUAACUAAACCAUGGGAAGUACAGCAACAGGUAGCACAGCUUGUAGCUAAUGAGUUCUUUGAACAGGGUGAUCUAGAAAAAACACAAUUAGGAGAAAAGCCUAUGCCUAUGAUGGAUAGAGAUAAAAAAGACGAACUCCCAAAGAUGCAAGUUGGAUUUAUAGAUGCUAUAUGUUUACCUGUAUAUAAGUUAUUUGCUGAUAUGAAUCCUAAACUGGAACCUUUGUAUGGCGGAUGUUUACAGAACCGAACUCAUUGGGACAACAUGGAUAAAGCGACUAAAGAACAAGCCAAAGAACUCGAAAAACCAAAAGUUGAAGCACAGCCACAAGAAAACAACAAAAGUGAAGUAGAAGAGAAACGUAAAGUUAUAAAGCCGGAAGUUGAGGAUGUAAAUAAAACUAAUGUACAUAAUACUAAAACCAGUUUACCUACACAUUCACCUAAUGGCAUCAUUAUUCAAACAACUAAAUCACAAAUCACCGAUCACCACCAUCACUCUAAAUCACAGCACUCCAGUUCUAAAGCACAUGCGUCUAAAAUGGCACUCGACGAUCACACACCGUGUAAAAUACAGAAUGGUUCGCAUUCCAAAAAACAAAAAAGUGGAUUUUGUGUAAUAACUUGACAUACUUAUUAAUUUAAUUCAAUUUAUGAAAUCUAACUGCUAUUGAAGUCUGUAUUAUACAAAUCAGCACAAAUAUAUGUUUCCAAUCACAUUUAUGUUUGAUGUUUAACAGGUUGGUCUAAGUAGCAAUCCCUGGAUCAACCCUUAUUAACUAGUCACGUAACACAAAUUGUACACAAAUGCGCCCUGAAUAAUUAGGGUAGACUCGGAAAUGUUUAAAGACGGUGAUAAUGCUUCGCUGCUCUCAUCUGAGACAGACGGACCAGGCAUGGAAGGAAAACGGAAUUGAUGAUGACCGGGUUGCAAUCUGAAUCGCUAAAAUUAUCAAAUUUAUCAAUAGAUGUUUACUGAUUUACAGUAUAUUGACUCGUUGUACGUCAGUGCCAAUCUGCAAUAUCCUUAAGACGAAGGAGUGAGAAAUUUCACCUAAAAGCAAUACCUUUUUAUGUUGGGUAGUCCUUUGAUUUCUGUGCAUAUGUGACGCGUUAAGUUAAGAAUAGAGAUUUCAGGACAGAAGUUCUAUAAGUCUUCUAAUCUGGAAGUAAGAUUAAGUGUACAGUGUCAGUGUCAGUGUAUAUGAUGUUGGUGCCAACAACAGAAUCAAUAUGCAUGUAUUGCUAAUACUUGGAAAUUAAUAUGAUUAAAGGGACAAUAACACUCUUGCUGGCUUGAAAGCUCCAGAAAAUAAAUAAUAUCUCUAUCUAAGUACUAGAUGUUUAAGUGUCCUACCUGUUGUGUAAAUUAUCCAUUACAUCCAAUUUUACUUGUCCAGAGGGUUCGAAAAUAUUUUUAAAUUGAAGUUUCAUUUGAAAAGGUUUACGUUAGACGUUUCAAACCAUUAUGUUGAAUUUUUUAAAAUUUUUAAAUAAGGUGUGUUAAGAUGAAAUUUGUAUCAUCAAUUAAUUGAAAUAUUCUAAAAUAGUACAAUUUGUUGACCAGAAUAAAGAUUGGGACAUAUUAUUCAGUUACAACAAGAGUGGUAUUGAGCCUUUAAAACACGGAUAGAAUUUCUUUUCGUUUUCCUUUUUGUAGUUCGCAUUUGAAAGAUGAGCCAGAAUAUUAUAUAAAAACGAAACGAAAUUCGUAUCUGUAUAAUGAAUGCUGUACGGUGUAACAUUGAUUAGAUAUUUGUUUGAAAAACAUGGAAAGUCACGUUUUUCUUAAUCAAAAUGAACAAAGAUUACUUAUAAUAAAUAAGAUAACAAAUAAGAAAGGUAAUUGAAAAAAAAAAUAUAUGUGAUUUUUUGGAGAAAAAGGAACUAUACAAAGCAAUUAAAGAUAAUUCACAUACAUAUGUAAUUAUACAUCUUAAAUGAGAACAUUUCUUUUGUGAGAUUAUUAUAUGGUUCUGUAUAAGUUUUCGUAUUACAUAUCAGAAUAAUUAUAAUAUUAUAUGUAGUUAAUGUACAUUUACACGACAGUGUCUCAUAUUUUGUCUUUUAGACCCAAACCUAUCCAUUGUGUUCAUAAUAAACAUUCAGUUAUCUAAAUAAUUAAUCAGUCUAUUAUAUGACGGGAUUGAGGGGUAUGAAUCCUACGUGUCCACUAUUGUUUGCUAUAAUAGUUCAAAAAUAGAUAAUGAAAAUAUUGAAUAUAAUGAAAAUUUCAUUCAACCUGAGCGAAGUUAUGAGUUUUGGAAGAUAUAGCGUAGAUUUUUUAUUAUCGUAGCAACGGUACUAGACAAACAAGACUAGAGGGUUGAUUAUGGGUUUGUCGUUUUAUUAAAUGUCUAAAUAAUAAUUUAUAUAACAUCUGAAGCCAAAAUAAAGACCUGUCAUGUGCAGAUUUAACGCUCACAUAAUUCAUCUUUAAGAAAAUAAAAUAUUAUGGUGUAAUUCAGUCCAAUAUUUUAGAAAUGAAUGAAAUGAAAUGGGGUUUAACGUCCUACUGUUCUGCUCCUAUGCUGGGCUAAUGAAGACGGGCAUACGCCAUACAGUGUGCUAUGAGAGAAAUUUUGCCCGGGCAGCGGCACUAUCGCCUACUCUUAUAUCGAAUUCCAAUUGCCAAGGGAUCUUUUACGUGCAUUCCAAUGUAUGCACGGGACCUCGGUUUUUCGUAUCAUCCGAAGGACUAGACAGCUGUCCUUGUCAGGCCCUCCGCCCUGCAUCACUGACAAGGGGGAACCAAUAUUUUAGACGAUCAGUCACAGGUAUAUAAAGAAAUAAAUCUUUGAAGAACUAAUCCAUCCACGAAAAAUCAAAUUUUCUUCCAAACCAGUGCAUCAAUAUUAUUCUGUAAAGAAAACAUUUUUGAAAUAGAGAUAUAUAUAUUUUUAAAAAGAACUCUUUUUUUCCUUCUUAUAUUUUGUUCGGCACGUUAAUUGAUGGGACAAGAGGCAAAGCGGGUUCAUUGCUUUUCCGCGCAGACUUGUUUUGUGUAUUCAAUGACAAAGUUCAUAUAUAUUCGCUAAAAUAAUAUGUUGAUAUAUAAAAUGCAUUUACUAUUUUCUUAUAUUAAGUAUUAUUGUAGAUAUUAUGUAGAAUUUAUAUUGUCAAUUAAUGUAUAGGCUUAUUCAUUUAUGUGUAUAAAUGAUUUGUUUUAAAUAGAUACCCAAUUCGUUUUUGUUCAUAGUUAUUAUUAUUUUGUUCAUAGUUAUUAUUAUUUUGUUCAUAGUUAUUAUUAUUUUUAUUAUCAUUAUUUCUUACUUUAUAAAUCAAAUUCUGUGAUAUUAAAUGUUUAAGCGUAUAGUGUACAUUCUGAGUUCUUGUGUUAAACCAUUUACACAAACUGAGUUUAUACUAGAAUUUAAAAAGAGAUUAAUUAGGAGAAUUUUACUGCAAAACGGGAAUCUUAAUUGGUUCCUAUUAAUCAGUAUUACUUGUGACAAAAUCCAUGAAAAUAAGGGUAAUACACCUUUAAACAAUAAACCUGUCUAAGAUAAACCACAUUAAUACCCACUAUACUGUGAUCAUAUCAACUUGAAGUGCAAUAUAUAUUUCACUAAUAUCAUAGUUAAUAUCUAUAUUUAGUACUUGUAGAUAACAUUAUGUCAAAUACUACUCUAGUAUUUAGGAAUUACAAGAAAUAUUAGAACAUAAAAUUGUUUCGAUUAAUAGCAUUUAUUUAAUUAAAUGUCCAUCCUAUAGGAAUUUCACACAUUCGUAUGUCAAAAUACUAGUAUAUCCAAGGCAUAUAGCAGCUCUACAUUGCGGGAUAGUGUGCUAAUGAACUGCUAUUUAAGCCAACAAUACGUUCCUUUCACGUUUAAUAACAUAAUAUUGAAGGCGAUCCCCCAGGAACCCGACACCAUUAAGCUGCGCUUUCCCACGGCGAGUAAAUAUGGAAAUUUCAAGGUAUGAAUGGAUAUAGUUCGCUGGACCUUUGAAUUGAAAUGGAAUAAAAUGGGGCUUAACGCCCUACUGUUUUGCACCGACUGGGAUAAUGAUGUUUUGUAAUACAUUAAUACUGUUUAAUCUGAACAGAUGUCUUAUGUCGAGUUUAAUAAUACAGAUAGCGAUAAAAUACAGACUCUGGUGGUUUAAAAUGUUUAUACUUGUAAUUAAUUAGUUUUAAUAAUGCUAUUAUUUUUGUUGUUGAUAUUAUGCAGGGUAUGCACCUUUAAUGUUAACUUAUGAUAAAACAAUGUUAUACAUUGUACCCACAAGGAACACGAGGAAUAAAUAUUAUCACAAUAACUUA